AUGCAAGAUACAACUCACAAUACUCCAAGCAAUUCUGCCUGCAUAACAGAUAGCUGGUUGAGAAAGCUGGACAUUGUCACCAUGGUACUCAACAGUCUGACUUGCGUGUUGGGGGUAAUCGGUAAUGGGCUGGUCAUUUUCAUCACAGGUUUCCGAAUGAAGAAGACAGUCAAGACUAUAUUCUUUCUCAACCUGGCCAUUGCUGACUUCACCUUCACCUUCUUCCUACCACUAACUAUAGCCUACGAAGCCCUUCAUUACCAAUGGCCAUUUGGCUGGACCACAUGCAAGGUCAUCAGCAUCAUAAAGCUGCUUAACCUCUACUCCAGCAUUUGGUUCCUUGUGGUCAUCAGCAUAGAUCGCUGUAUUUCUGUGAGGUCCCCUGUGUGGGCAAGGAAUCACCAGACAGCCCGGAUGGCUUCUUGGGUGGCCUUGGGUGUUUGGGUACUGUCUUUGGUGUUGUCUUCUCCGUCUAUAAAUUUCAUCGCAACUCUUUCAAACUCAGUUAAUAAUACCACCUGCAGUGUGCUUUAUGGCCGCAUAUACUUCCACAGAUGUAAUUACUCCAUUUGUCUCAGCCGGACUAUCCUUGCCUUCAUCAUCCCUUUUAUUGUCAUCAUAGCUUCCUAUGGGGCAGUCUUCUUAAGGAUCAGGAGGAGCCAGAUAGCUCAAUCAGGAAAGCCCUUCAAGAUCAUCACAGCAGUGAUUGUGGCUUUCUUUGUCUGUUGGCUCCCCUUUCAAUUGAUACCUUUAAUUGAGCCAAAUCACAAAGGAAAUUGUGAUCCAUUAUUGGUGUAUUAUGUAAUUUAUUAUCUAAGUGACUGCUUGGCUUAUUUCAACAGCUGCCUCAACCCCAUCCUAUAUGUCUUCAUGGGGCACAGUUACAGGGAGAGGCUGAGGUGGUCCCUCCUCUCUGCACUGGAGAAUGCCUUCUACGAGGAGAGCAGGUCUAGCAGUAUUAGGACCAAGAACAGAUCCUCACAAGUGCUAGAGAUGCAGUACUUAUGA